AUGAAAAUCUUAAUAACAUCUGAUAACCAUCUUGGAUACAAGGAGUCUGACCCUGUUCUGUUUGAUGAUAGCUACAAUGCUUUUGAGGAGGUCUUGAAGACGGCGCAAAGGGAAAAAGUUGACCUGAUUUUGCAGGGCGGAGAUUUAUUCCAUGAGAAUAGGCCAUCUAGAAACUGUCUCAACAGAACUAUAGGACUUCUGAGAAGAUACUGUGUUGGAGAUAGGAGAUCCUCCCUCAAAUCAAACCAUAGCUUAAACAUUCAUGACCAGAAUAUUGGAAUCUCGAUUCCUGUGGUGGCCAUCCAUGGAAACCACGAUGACCCGAGUGGAAUAAAUAUGAUUUCUCCGCUUGACAUUUUGCAUAGUAGUGGGCUUGUGAACUACAUAGGAAAGUAUAAUCUGAUGGACAGGAUAGACGUUUUUCCCUUGCUAUUAGAAGGAGACUAUCGAAUUGCAAUCUACGGUCUAGGACACAUUAAGGAUCGAAGGUUAUACAAGAUGUUUUGUGAAGGAAGAAUAAUGUUCCACAGACCUCCGGACUGCGAUUCGUGGUAUAACAUCCUUGUAUUGCACCAGAACAGGGUUCCCAGAGAAAAGGAACACCCCUCAGAGGACUUUAUAGACGACUUCUUUGAUCUUGUGGUUUAUGGGCACGAGCAUGAAAGCAAAGUUAUCAAGAAAGAACGUCUAGUACUCCAGUCGGGCUCCACGGUUAGGACAUCGCUGUGUGAGGGAGAAAGGUAUGAUAAGUAUAUAUAUAUUCUAAGGAUAGGAAAGGAAUGCAUUCUAGAGCACAUUAAGCUAAGAAAUGUAAGGCCGUUUGUCCUGGAUGUCCUUCGGAUUGAGGGAAAAGACAAUGCUGAAGAGGUUGUUGGAAAUAAAAUACGGGACAUGAUAGAAGCAGGGAAAAGAAAAGAAGUCUGUUUCAAUAAAGAAAUCACAGCCGUAGAUGUUGAUACACAGAGAUUUAAAUGCAAGGAAAAGAAAGAAGAAGAGAAUGAAGAAGACACUAUUUGUAAGAACUUUGCACAUGAAGAAAAAGAAUAUACUCCACUGAUUAGAUUGAAGAUUGAGAAUUGUGGAAAUAAUGUGUUUGAUAGGCACAGGUUUGGCAUCCAAUUUAAAGGACUUGUGGCAAAUUCAGGAGAUAUGCUGACCAUAUCUAGAAGACCACGAAGAAAAGAAGAAAUUGAGAUAGAGGCGGUAGAGGAAAAGGUUGAGAUAGCACGGGUAUUAAGAAGAAUUCUUAGGGAUGUGGAGUUUGGGGUCUUAAGUAGGACAGGAUUCUCGGAAAGUUUAGAGGAAUUUGUAAAAGGAGAUAGCAAUGCUUUUAUGGGGAUGAUCAGAAAGAACAUCGAAAAGAUUACGAAGGUGAUUGACUAUUCCUCAAUUGUGGAAGAAGACGUAAUAAAGACCAUGAAAAGAAUUAGCAAUGAAGAAGAUUUCUACGAUGGCGAAGAUCGCUUGGAAGACAAAGGAGAUAAAGGGGCUUCUAAUGAGAAAAGAGUGGAAGAGAGUUUUACCAAAGAUCUGGAGGAUGAAUAUUCAUAUCAUUCAGAAGACAACGAAAAGAACAAGGCUGGGGUCAAGAAGAACUUCAAUGUGGAAGAUCUAUUGGGAAAGAAGUAUCUGAGCAAAAAGCCAAGGAAAAAUAAGGAAGAUUCAAGCACUGAUGUUUCUUUUACACUUUCGAAGUACUUAUGA